AUGCCGGUCCCUCCUAUCUCGCGGGGCCAUCUGCCCUGUUUCCCUUACAGACAAGCCCGUUGCCUGCGGACUACCCUACCUCGGACCAAUCCCCGCUAUGCUGGCCAUGUACGAACGCUAUGGUGGUGGAGUCGCCACUCGGGUGAAUGGCCUUCCGCUUCAGCAGAUGAGAGUCUAGAGGACCGGUUCAGGAGGCAUGAGAAGAUCAUGAGGUCAAGAUACUCCAAGUACCUCAGGAGACGGGCAAUGUGGGAGAAGGACGAGUGUGCACACUGGCCAUGGCAUAUGUCCGGUCGCCUCGGUUCUAGAAGACAUUGUGGUCAGAAUGCUCCAGGGUCACCAAACUCGUCGACGGGGAAGCCAUCCGCAGAAGAUCACGAUCGCGAUCGCGAUAGCUUCCAUAGCGACUUCGAAUCUUUCAAGGCGGCUAUUGAUCGAGCCAUCUCAAAAGAUCCUUAUGGGACCCUGUUCGGCAGAAGGCUGGCAAACCAUUCUUGGACCAGUUAUCCAUCAUGGACGCCGUUCUCUUGGCUGUCCCAUGGAGAGACUACGCGAGAGAAUGCAGGAAAGUCAUCCGGUGGGCCGUCAGUGACUGAAGAAGGGAAGUCGGCUCAACAAGAGCCAGCAAGCACCACAGUUGAAACGUCGAGUGUAACAAGGAAUGACAACGAGGCUGCCACUCCUGAGCAAGCACACUAUCGGUAUGAUCCGAUUUCCAUGAGGAACGUGCCGGUCAAAAAUACCGAGACCAACGUCAAGCCACAAGUAGAAUCGAAGAAGCCAUUCCUCGAGAAUCUGUUCUCGGAACACGGUGUUGGCAUCCCAGGGAAGACGCAUAAGCCCCACAAGGUCUAUGGAUAUGAUGCUUCACCAGAACGAUCGAAGGAGGCCAAACAGGAAUCCCACUCUCCUGAUUUCCAUCGUGGUUUCGCCAGUUCCAGACAGGAUGAAAUGCGCGGCUUGUUGGCUAGGAGUAAGGGCAAUAACAUCGACACAUCCGCUACGUAUACCGAAGCCAGCCCCGACCACAAAGCUGAAUCAGGCUCUGACGAACAGACUACUUCCAGCCAUCGCCGAGAAGUCGCCGAGCCAGAUGACAACGCUCCGCUAUUUUCUGGAACGACAUAUGCUGGCAGGUUCAGCCAUGGUGAAAAGAUCCCGAACCAGGCAACUCAAUCGCCUGUCCAGUUGACUGAGAAGAGAGGUCAAGACUCGUCCAUUGAUACAACAGACUCUACGAAGAAGGAAGUGGUAAAGACCACCAGCCCCAAGCUUGAGCCAGCUCUCAAUCGCGUACAAGCUACUGGUGACAGGCAGUUCAAGAGCAAGUCUUCGAAGCUGGAGACGGCCGUGGAUCGCCACGUUUCUGCGUCUUCGAUACGGUCAAAGGAGGCCGAGGCUGGUGUUGACAAGCCAACCCCUCGAGAAGCUCCGUUUGAGACCACGGAAGAGGACGUUGACCUUCUUCGGGCCAGUGAUGUUCGUGCGGCCACAAGAACGUCAAGAACGACCAAGCAAGAGACAGACGCACUCAAGCGGAAGGCAAGAGCCAAACUCGAGACAGAAUAUGCAAGACAUCAGUCAGAAGCAGCAACCCCUAAUGAGGAUAAGGUUGACGUUUCAGCCAGCACCCUCAGGGCCAAGCUCAACCACGUGUGGGAUCAUGUUCGAGACUAUCCAAAUGGGAUAGUGGCGAAAACGAUGCAAUCCAUGAAUGCUUUCAACGAUAAUUACAAGAGAUAUGUAUCGUCAGAAAAAACGAAAGAGCUGGUUGACAAACUCGUGUUCAAAGACGAAUCGCUGACGAACACUCCAUCCAUCUACAAAUCCACCGAGAAGAAGCCCAAGGUGCAAACGCUCACUCCGUCACGGGAGGAGUUGGAUGCGGAGAAGGAAAGAUCACAGCGUACUUUUGAUCUGAGACAGGCGUCCUUGAACGCCGAGGAGGAAGCCAAGGCUCAAAAGGCCCAACUUUCUCGACUAGCUUCCGAUUUACGAGCAGCAUACGAGGAAGAAUAUGGCCCGAUCGACAUUAACCAUCGGCAACAAGAUCAAGCUGCUCCUGGAAAUGUGGAGUCAGAGCAAUCACCAGCGAAGAUGCAUCCUCUCAUGACCGCCAGUGUCAAGCCUGGGGUGUCCACUAAUCCGGUCAUAGAUGCACAUAUCAGCCAAUUCGAACCCAAGCUGGCCGACCUUGUGGACGGUGCUAAAGAGGUUCGAAGUCAGCUUCGAGAGGUCAACGAUGAGUUGGCACGAAUACAGGGGUCUUCGUCGCCAUCUAGGGACCUAAAUACGGUUAUUGAUGGGGCAAAAGAGGUCCGAAGGGGAUUGCACGAAGCGCAGCUGGCCAUUCGAGCCAUUGAAAGUGGGAGACCACAGACAGUGUGGAACGCUCCACAGAAACCUCCUGCUCAAUCGGAGGAAAGCAGGGUUGUUCCCAAGGAGCAUGAGUCUGCAUCAGACUUGGGAAACCAGGCAGGACUACAGCGCGACGAGUCGCUCCAAGGUGUCAGCACUCAGCCCAAAUCCUCGUCAGAACUCGUCACAGAACCGAAUAAAGUACCCGAGCCGUUCAUAACCCCGUCUGGAUCGCCAGAAUGGAACGAUGAACAGCCUCCUCCGAUCGAGAGCCUGAGAGAGAAGACGUACGAUUCACAGUUCAUCAUCCUCGCUUAUGACCCUGCCACUGGAAAAGUGCAGUUUUCGCCUAUGAACGAACCGGCCAAGCCAACGCAGAAAGCCGCCGAUGCUGUAGGUGUCUUGAGCAGGCUCAAGAACGCUCCCGAGUUUCUGAAGCAUUUUGCCGCUCUGAAGAGAGCCGGGUACUCACUCUUCAAUGGGAGCGAAAACAUGCUCAUCUUCAAGAAGAAACCGCGUGAGCAUGGUUCUGCCAUCAAGAAGGUGGACGAAUUGAAGCCUGCUCCUAAGACAGCUACGGCGGUCACCUCCACUGCUACAAUGGCUCAAGCUGGUGCUGGAUCAACAGUCGCGACUGCUGCCCUGGGAGAUGGGAUCCCGACAGAUGUUGAACCGAACGUGGCACCAGCGGCGACUACUGCGACGCCGUCGCGGCUGUUUGGCAAUGCAGGUCACACGAGGGUCAGGCGACAAGAGGAUGUGUUUUCAGGCACCAUCCGUCCCAAUGCAGCAUCCCAGAAUUCUAAUACCGAUGAGAUUGGAUCAUCAUCCGCAUUUCCACCAAACACCGACGGCGCCAACAUGCACCACGAGGGAGUCUGGACGAGGUUUACGAAGAGCGUGAAACGGACGGCAUUGAUUGUCGCUGCGCUGGGAGGUGGCGCCUAUAUCAUCGGAUUCAUUGCGGAAGGAAUGGGGGCCGAGGCACAGAGACAGAAUGGGCUGGACAAUGAAAAAGCCGCUGGGCCGAGAAAGAGAAUUGUUAUGACGGGUCAGAGACCAGGGAUCUACAGUACCGAAAGUUCUCGGUAG